CAGUAGACUAGUUUGCAUCAAUCGUGUAUCAGAUGACUUGACAAGUUUGCAAUAAGUGGUUUAAAACAUUGUAUUCAAGGCGCAACUUCAAUAACAGUCGUGUGUACUAUAAGUUAAACAACGAGGAAUGUGAAAGGAUGGCGUGAUCAGGAAGCGUGUAAUAAACCUUUGGAAUAUUCAGUGAACUGUGGGCCAUUUUUGUUGACACUCUCUUCAGGUUGACUCUAACUCAUUAUCAUGUCAUCUAUUGGACACCUGUUAGGAUCCUUCCUGGGAUUAGACAGAGUGAACACAAACUUCACAUACACACUAGUUUAUAGGGGCUGUUCUAAGGUAAUCCCUCACCAGGAAUUCCGGCUAUAUCUGCUUAUCCCGGCGGCAAUAUCAACUAUACUUUUGGCAUUUUCUACACGAAGAACAAAACAAAAACUUCAUUUGCUAAAUGGACGACCAGGUCUUGUAUUCCCAAUGGAUGUGAUGAAGAGGUCUCACAGAUUUUCCUACGCUGCUGCUUUUGGAACACUAGCACAACUUUGUGCAACUAUCGUGUUUGAUGCUAAACAUGCCUUUAACUACGACGGACCAGCUUAUUUAAAAGUUUUCAUAGCCCUGGUAUCCAUGUUGAUAUAUGGCAUGGGUUACUUCCCCUUGUUCGCAGGAAUUUCCGUAGGAAGCCCAAUGGGAUACCUCGUAGCAACCUUAUUCUCUUGGGUUUUUACGGCUGAAUUUUUUGCAAAUUCAUUUUGUACACAAGAAAUGGUUAUUUCCUAUUUGAUCCUUAUCAUUGGGGUACUGCCGGAAAUGCUAUGUUACCUCUAUCUGACCUUUAGUCUCCCCGUCAGAUUCGUUCUUUCCAUUGCAAAACCAGUGAAGAAAACUAAACUAGCAGUGGACUUUGAGAGCAGCGAGGACCUCUAUGAAUCCAUUCGCAAGUCUUACCAAGGCAUCCACGUCACAAAGCUGUUUAAAAGACCCCCUCCACCUCCUUCGCCCCCUGAUGGAGCUAAGGAAAAACUGAUAUUUCUGCUGAAAUCCUUGCCGGGAAAAGUUUUCUACAAUAAUACAAAAGGUUUCCGGUAUUCAGCUAGGCUAGUGAGUGUAAUGACGGUUGGAUUUAUAUUACUCUAUGAGUUUACCUUUCUUCUAUUCAUUGUGUUUUAUCAAUUAUUCGAUAUUGCGGAACAAGGUCUGAUUGCCAAUCUAGAUGUUGUUAGAAGAGAAACAGUAACUGGAGAAGAUCCGUCCACCACGAUCCUCAGGGACACCCUGAACAUAUCAUAUUAUUUGGUUAUAGCAUUUAGAGGCUGCUUUCUGACGUCUUUGAUGGUAGCACUUGCCAUUAAUGUUGUGUUUCUUCUUCAUUAUAUGGCGUCAUACAAGUACAAUUUGCUUUUACUCUACAAAGGAAAUAAUGAACAUCUCACACCGAGAGCCUUAAAAUCUAAUGCAAGUCUAAUCGUUGGUAGCAUGAGAUAUGCUGGAUAUCAGGUGGGAUACAUUGGAUGGGGGUUUUUCAUCCAGUUUUUGUUGCUGUUGGUUAUUUCCAUUGCUAUUGCGACGAUAGUGACUUUAUGGGAUGUCAUAAAAGACUUAAUUUUGCAACAAUUCAUGAUUAUUUGGCCAGUGUUAAUCACCUCCCUGGUGUUAAACAUUCUACAGCUUGUAUUAUCAAAGUUUCUCUUUCUACAAGAAAACGGUGAUAUAUUAGCAAUGGAUAACAGGCGGCUGUUCUUCAUCUUUACAUACUUUAUGUUUUUCUACAAUAUCUUCAUUGGAAUCUUCUCAUGUCUGAUGAGGAUAAUUAAAGCCAUUAUCCUGGGAGCGCUUUUCCUUCCCCGACUUGAUCAUAGUACCCUUCCCAAAAAAUUCCAACGGAUGGACCCUGGUUUUGACGCAUACUGUGGAUUUAUGCAUGUAGAGAGUACUCAUACAAAUCCUGUGGCAAUGGUGUUUAUUAGUAUUCUGCAAGCAGAAUCGCUAACGGCGUUGAAAAGGAAGGAAAAGAAAAUUCUUAAUAUUGUUUUGCGGGUAGAUGAAUAUCAAGAGAUGUUGGCCAAGAAGAGGAGGAAAGCCCGAUGGAAGUGGCUCUUAGCCUACACUCUCGUAAAUAAUCCGGAAAUUUCCCUACAACGGAGACUCGUCUUAGCAAAAGAACGAAACGAGAAUAUCAAGGAGAUUUUCUUUUCUCGCUCAUCAUCGUUUACAGUUAAAUCAACAAAACUCGAUCUGGAAGAUGUCAUUAUACAGAGCGAAAGAUUAUAGUUUGCCUGUAACAGUUAAUGGAUGUCAUUUUAAGAAAUAGACUUGAAAUCUGCAACGAAUUUUUGUGUAAUGGUCAUGCAUGAUGAAUGUACAUGUACAUUUAUAAUGUGCAUCAAUGAGCAUACUUGUACAAAUGAAACUUAGGACAUGGGUACAUUCCUUUACAUUUUUUGUACAUGUAUCAUAAUUGACAAAGAACAUUUUUUUUCCAUACUAACAAAAAAUCAAAAAAUAAAAAAAUACGAAAGAAAGAGCAGUUACAUGAGUUACCGUUCUUACAUGUAUACUUUCAGGUCAGCUAAUGCACACGAAGCAUACCCACUCAAAAUGUGAAAUUUAAUUAGUUACACAGUGCAUUUAUACCAAAGAAAAUAAAAGAAGAGCGGAUUAUAGAAUUUUGUAUUUGAAUAUUCCAUAUGUUGUCAUACUAUUGAUAAGCGAUACAGCGAAAUUUAUACGUUACAAUACAUUCGCUAAGAAAAAAGCUACACGCCAUCUUUAUGGUACAUGUAGCAAAUAGCUUAUAGAUACGAAUUAUUCCCAUUGUAUUCUAUUUUGCAUAUUAAGAAUCCUAAAAAACGUAAUAAUCGUCAUUAAAAUGUUUUUAGGUCAUUCUGUAUAUUCAAUUAUUGUGGUUCACUUUAUGGAACAUUUAGGUUUCUCAUUUUAAAAUUCACCUACUCUUGUUAUCAUGCUGUAUUAAAUAAUUCUACUUGCUCUUAAAAAGAAGAAAAUUUGGAGGUUCAGUGAUUCUGUUCAUACUAGUUGAUUUAAAUAUAUCACGUGUCAUUUGGGUGACUGAUCCAAAGAUCACUUUUUAACAAUGAGUACCAGUGGCCUAUUGAGGUUUUUUUUUAUUGAAUGUAUCCAAUUCUUUUUAAGAUAAAAUAAAAUGUAGCAAAAAUCAGCUUGCUA